GGGCAAGGCUUCUCCAGAAACAGGCUAGUGCUCUUUAGUAAGACCGUCAGGCCCUUUUAUCCACGGUGCCUGGAGAGCUGGGAGUCCUCAUCGCUGUUCCCAGCCACCCUGUGCUGGUAAUUCCUACAGAAACUUGUACCGACUUGUUUUUGACUGACAGCGAGAGCAUUUCUUCAACUUGAAGAGCCCUCAGCACCUACCUUUCAGAGGCGUCCUGCGUGGACUGAUCACUUCCUUGCCUGAUCAUAGUUUCCAUCCGCCCAGGAGCCCACACUGGGCACUCUACAGGCUAUAGCCGAGCCCCAUGGUAGCAAGGUGGGUGAAGGGAAGCGAGGACGUGCCACGUGCCCUGCAGAAGAUUCCUGACCUACAGAGUGGUCCGAGGAGCCUGAGCAUGGAUGCCAUUCACAGCGGCAUGUCCAGUGCCCCGCUGGUGAAGCACGCCAGCGGCCUUGGACUCAAGGCCCACAGGCCUCGAGUCAUGUCCAAGAGUGGCCACAGCAAUGUGAGGAUAGACAAGGUUGACGGCAUCUACCUGCUCUACCUUCAGGACUUGUGGACGACGGUCAUUGACAUGAAGUGGAGGUACAAGCUCACCCUGUUUGCGGCCACCUUCGUGAUGACCUGGUUCCUGUUUGGGGUGGUCUACUACGCCAUCGCGUUUAUUCACGGCGACUUAGAACUCGGGGAGUCCAGCUCUAACCACACGCCCUGCAUCAUGAAAGUGGACUCCCUCACCGGAGCGUUCCUCUUUUCCUUGGAGUCCCAGACGACCAUCGGCUACGGGGUCCGCUCCAUCACGGAGGAGUGUCCUCAUGCCAUCUUCCUCCUGGUUGCCCAGCUGGUCAUCACCACGUUGAUUGAGAUCUUCAUCACGGGGACCUUCCUGGCCAAGAUCGCAAGACCCAAGAAGCGAGCCGAGACCAUCAAGUUCAGCCACUGUGCGGUCAUCAGUAAGCAGAACGGGAGGCUGUGCUUGGUCAUCCAGGUGGCCAACAUGAGGAAGAGUCUCCUGAUCCAGUGUCAGCUCUCGGGGAAACUGCUCCAGACACAUGUCACCAAGGAGGGAGAGCGUAUCCUCCUUAAUCAGGCCACCGUCAGGUUCCAUGUGGACUCUUCUUCCGAGAGCCCCUUCCUCAUCCUGCCCAUGACCUUCUACCACGUGCUGGAUGAGACGAGCCCCCUGCGGGAUCUCACGCCCCAGAACCUAAAGGAAAAGGACUUUGAGCUGGUGGUGCUUCUCAACGCCACCGUGGAGUCCACCAGCGCCGUGUGCCAAAGCAGAACAUCUUACAUCCCGGAGGAGAUCUACUGGGGCUUUGAGUUCGUGCCUGUGGUUUCUCUCUCCAAAAACGGAAAGUAUGUGGCUGACUUCAGUCAGUUCGAGCAGAUCCGGAAGAGCCCGGAUUGCACCUUCUACUGUGCAGAUUCUGAAAAACAGAAGCUGGAAGAGCAUUACAGGCAGGAGGACCAGAGAGGGCGUGAGCUGAGGAGCCUCCUGCUGCAGCAGAGCAACGUCUGACCCCGGCCGGCCUCCGGGCACCCCCCGAGCUGUCUCCUAACCAGGCCUCCUCUCAAGAGCAAUGGCUGCCGCCGAGAGCGUGGGUCAGGUGGGCCUACUACCC